AUGUUAAACUUAGAUCAAUAAGAAUUAAUUAUACAGAGAAUUAAAUCAAAAAAGACAAUAUUCAAGACAGUAUGUGAAACAGAGUAUUUAAUCGAUUAAUUUCUAUAGACAAUUUCCUAAGUUGAUUAAGAGUAGAGAAGCAAUUCAAAAAUCAAUUUUAUCAUAAAUUCAAAGAUCAGUUUCAAAUAUAGAUAUGGAUCCCUUAGCAUAUGGAUAAAAAGAAUUAAAAGAUGUUAUGAAUUAUUUGGAAGAACAAUUAAAAACUGUUUUCUUACCUUUUUUAAGUUUAGAUGAGAGAAAAAAAUCAAAAUGUUGUAUAAAAUAAGAAUCUAAACAACCUGAUUAUGAAGAAAGCAACCAUCCAAAAAAAUAAAGGGUUGAUAAAAACAAGUGUAGAAAAUGCAAACAAUCAACUAUACCUAUGAUAUUAAACUUAUUACAACAAACAGAAAACUAGGACACAAAUCCUCAUGUCACCAUGAAAUCUAUUAGACUAUAAAUCGUAUAAAAAUCAUAGAAAAAAGAAGAAUAAUCAGAAUCUAAAGUUCCAUAUAUUGCUUUUGAUUAUUCUGAUCGCAUUAUUAUUUGUAAGAGAUGUAGAUUUAAAUUUCAUGCUGAAUGUGUCUAAGUACUGGAUAACAUAAAUGAUUGGAUUUGUGAUUAUUGUUUAGACAGAAUAUAGGAACUUAAAAAUUCAAAUUAAUGGGAUUAUAUAAAUAAUAAAUAGUUGAAAUAGCAAAUAUGUCCAACAUCUGAAUAAAAGAAGAUUAAUUUAUCAUUAAUAGAAAGAAUAUAGAAAAAAUAGAAAAUUUUUAUUAUUGAAGAAAUGGAAAUAACUCCAUUCAAACCUAUUGAUUAAAUAUCAGAUUUCUUAAGAAAAUAUCCACUUUAUAGAGGUUAAAAUGGAAAAAUAAAAUAUCCAGUUUUAGAAAAAUUAGCUCUUGAUUAUCCAGAAGUCUUAGAAAUUAAAUAGAAACCAUAACCAUAUAUGAUAAAUUCAAAUUUAGUUGAGGAAAUCCUUAAAAUAUAAACAAGUUAUUAGAUAUUGUUUCCUUAAUGUUAAACACCUCAGAAUGUUAAUUAGGAUUAUAUUGAAAAAAAUUUCUAUGAAAUUCUUAUGAAUUUACUUAAUGAAUACUUUAAUGAAUUUAUGUAAUCAGAUGUAGUUAAAUUUGAUAAGUAUUGCAGUUAGGCAAAUGUUUAAGCCAAUGCUUUUUUAGAAAUAAUGAAUUAUUUAUAUGAUCAUUAAGAAAAUUUAAUAAAAGAAGAUUUAAUUAAAAAGACAUGGGUAGAAUUUGUAAUAUAAAUUGAUCAAAUAAUAAAUUAUGAUUGUGAAUCAAAUAUUAAUAAAAUAGAUUUUAACAGUUUAGAAUUUUCAGAUUAAAUAUACAUAUUAAAUAUUUUAACUGAGGGUUUAUAUGAUUUGGAUAAAAUGAAGGAAUAAAUAAAGUAAAAAGACUCUUCAAAUAAUUAUAGACAAUGUAAAAUCUCAAUUUAUAUUAGCUCAUUUAAAAAUAUUAUUUUAGUAAAACUAAUCUGCCUAUAUUAAUUGUGGAACUUAUCUUGGAUAAGAUGCAGAUGAAUAAUAAUAUUUUUAUUUUACUCACGUUCCUAGUUCAAUAUUUGUAGAAACAAUGACAGGUUGGGGUUAAUAUACACUUUCAGAUUUAUCUGAAUUAAUGAGUGCUCUUAAUUUGUAAGGAGUUAAUGAAUCAAACUUAUUUGAAAACCUGGAAUUAAUAAGUUAAGUUAAACUCUUUGAUAAUACAACUCCCAUAAAAUCAUAGAAUCGAUUAAUUUAAAGUAUUUGUAAACCAAUAAUUAGAAUAGUAAUAUCAUCUUGAAAUCAUAGAAGUUAUUGAAAAGUUAUUAAUUACUGAAGAAACAUAUACCAAAUAUUUAUAAUCUAAGAAUUUGUUUUGGAUAGAAAAUAAUAAAAAAUAAAGUUUUUAUUAAUUAUUAAAAAAUGAGAAAUAAAUUGAAUCUUUAAUAUAAGCACUAAAAUAAUUUUUCAAUGGUCUAUUAUUGUUAAAAUCUAAUGAUGGAUAUUUUGUUAAACCAUUCAAGAUUUUUAAAUAAAAUUUUGAGCUUGUCAAUUAAUUAGCUAUCUAUGUUGACAAUGCAUAAUCCUAAUAUAGCGUAUAUAUUUCUUUAAUCACUUUAAAUUUAUUAUUAGAAGAAUAUCAAUAAUAUCAAUCUUAAAAAGAAUUGAAAAAUAAAAAAAAUCAAGCUUAACGUAAAAUCACUCAAAAAGUUAAUUAAAAAGAAAUUAAAAAGAUAAAAAAAAAAUCUAAAUUAAAACACAUUGAGGAUGAAUCUAUAGAGUAAGAAUAAAGUCUAUAACAUGCUAAUAGUCUCGCUAACAAAAGAGAAAAAAGGGAAAAUGCAGGAAAAAAGUAUAUUAAUGUUUUUAAUAAAUCAUAGUCCAAACAUCAACUUUGAUUAGUAAGUUAAAAAUCAAAAGAAAAUAUUUUGUACAUCUUGCAAGAAAUAAUUUCCCUAGAUUACCUAAAGUGUUUAAUGUUCCAGAUGCAAUAAACCUUUUCAUUAAGAAUGUUUAUCAAUAAGAAAAGAUUAUUGCAAGAAUUGUGUCAGAAAUGGCAGCAAGAAAUAAAAAUGAG